UAAACGUCGUCACUUACGAUAGAGCAACAGGAUUAAUAACCAGCAGACACGCGGAACCACGGUUGCAGCUGUGUUGUUUCUCCGGUUCCGCAGAAGCCGGCGCGUCUGUUUCCUGUGUGUCACCUUUAUUUCAGUCCGUCGAACAGCAGCCCGUGUGUGAGCAGACCGGCCCGAUGUUUUCCACUUUAAAACGCAAAGUCGGUGAGGUUCUGUUACCGGGAGACGAGUUCUCCUGUGAGACCGACGACACCAUCUCUCUAACGGACCACGUGAAACCGGACCGGGUGGUGUGUGGACCGGGUCUGAGGCGCAGCGGAGACCGGCUGGUGGUCUGUAAAAGCGGCGUCCUGCGGCACAAACAGCCCAACGUGUUCUGGAUCGACUCACACCAGCGGAGGUAUGUUCCCGCCAAAGGUGAGACCGUCAUCGGCAUCGUCACCACCAAGUCAGGAGACAUCUUCAAGGUGGACUUUGGAGGAAGUGAACAGGCGUCUCUGUCCUACCUGGCAUUUGAGGGAGCCACCAAGAGGAACAGACCCAACGUCCAGGUGGGGGACCUGGUCUUUGCUCAGUUCAUCAUAGCCAAUAAGGACAUGGAGCCAGAGCUGGCGUGUAUCGACAGUUCAGGACGGGCCAAUGGGAUGGGAGUGUUCGGAGGAGGUGGUCUGCUCUUCAGAGUCUCUCUGGGACUCGUCAGAAGACUGCUGUCCCCCCACAGUGAGGUCCGGGCUGACCUGGAGCAGCUGUUUCCCUGUGAGCUGGUGGUCGGGAUGAACGGCCGUCUGUGGGUCAGGUCCUCCAGCGUUCAGCAGACCCUGAUCAUCGCCAACCUGCUGCAGAGCUGCGACACCAUGACGAACCCCCAGAGACGGGAGCUGUUCAGGAGGGUCAAACAGGGGGCGCUGUAGACCACGUCGGACCACACCUGUGCAGAUACACCUGGUUUGUUUGAUGGAACAUCCUGAGUUUAAAGAGAAACUGUCUGAAACGUCUCACCUGGCUGCAGUGAUGUCACAACGUACUCCAGGACUCUGUGACAUCACUGGUGUCUCUCUGUGAGGACCCAUUUUAGCAUAGAUGUUACAGGGUGAGGACAUUUUGGUCCUCAAGGACACCUGAAAAAACACCUGAACAGGUGAAAACAGUCACAUGAUGUGUUGAAAGCUGAAAACACACGGAUCAAAGUUUGUGUUUGUUCUUUUUGUAAUAAAAGUUUUCUGACACCU